UCAUCUUAAUACAAUUUAAAUUUAUAAAAUAAUUUAUAAUCACACAAAUAAAUUUCUACUACAAGAUUCAACAUUCAUUUCUUUUUUCUUACUCAAAUAUAUUAAGAGUCAAAGUGAUCACAUAAAAUAAGAUGGAGUGAGUAUUUAUUUAUUUAUUUAUUUAUUUGUUAACAUUUUCAUUUAAAACCCCCCAUCAAGACUCCAUUUCAUUUUUCUGUUCCAUUGAAAUCCAAAGAACUAAAAAAAAAUGUUGACAAUUAGCAUUCUCUUUCUAGCACUUGUCUUCCUACUUGGUUUAAUCACAACCCUUUUCAAUUUUCCCUCAAAAAAACUCAAAUCAUGGAUCUUUUCCCUCCAAACUUCAACCAAGAAAGAUACAAUCUUGGUUGAGAAAAAGAGCAUGAAAACUAGUAAUAGUUGCACAAAUAGCCAUAUUAACAAGGUUGAGUUAAAGGGUAUUUUUGCAACAUUUGACAAGAACAAUGAUGGAUACAUAACACAUGAAGAACUCAAACAAUCACUCAAGAAUAUUGGUAUAUUCAUGGAAGAUAAAGAUAUUGUUGAAAUGGUUGAGAAAGUUGAUACUAACAAAGAUGGUUUGAUUGAUCUUGAUGAGUUUUAUGAGUUAUGUCAUACUUUCUUGGGAAUUAAGAAAGUUGUUAGUGAAGAUCAAGAAGAUCAAGAAAAGGAAGAGGAGGGAAAUCUGAAAGAUGCAUUUGAUGUGUUUGAUUAUGAUAAAGAUGGAUUGAUAUCUGAAGAAGAAUUGAGUAAAGUGUUAUCAUCUUUGGGGUUGAAACAAGGGAAGAGAUUGGAUGAUUGUAAAGAAAUGAUUAGGAAUGUUGAUGUUGAUGGUGAUGGUAUGGUGAAUUUUGAUGAGUUCAAGAAGAUGAUGAGAGGUGGUGGAAGGCUUAUUCCAAUUUCUUGAUAAAAUUAUUGGUAUUAAACUUUUUUCAAAUUUUUAUUUGUUUCAAGAAAACCAAUUGAUGAAUCUAUAGUCUCUACUACUGCUAGUACUAGUCUUCAGGGAUCAAGAUUUGUACAGAUAGGAACAAGAAUUUGCAUGAGUGGUUGUAUAGUAAGCUAAGUCACUUUUCUUAGUUUUUCUUAUGUAACUAGAGCCUCAGGAGGUGAGGUCAUAGGUUCAAAUCGUAGAAAGAGCCUUUUGCAGAAAUGCUGGGUAAGGUUACCUACAAUAGGUUCUUGUUUGUCCGGCACUUCCUCAGAAUCCGUGUGUAGUGGGAGAUUGAGUGCAUCAGACUCAGACUGCGAUUUUACCUUGGAAUUGCUUCUAUGAGCAAAUGGAUCUUAGGUCUAGUUAAAUCAACUAAGAUUUUUAUUUUCUUCUUAACCACUUGGAUUAGAGAAAAUCAAAGCACAUGAAGGGGAGCAAGCAUGACAACUUUGUCUCUGUAUUCUAGUAUAUUUGAUCUUUAAUGUGUUUGUUUCAGGGCAGACCAGUUCAUGUUUGUACUGACAUCAUAUGUUUGUUUAUUAGUAAUUGACUUGUUUCUUUA